GGACCGCGACUCGGCUUGCCGUCGCCGUUCCUCGCCGUCCUUUGCGGAGAAAACCGAGGGUCGGGUCCCUCGUGGUAUCGAAAAGCGGAAUAAAGGCCCGGAACACGGAAGGAAGAAUGGCCGAGGAAAGCGACAGGAGCUCGUCCUCUGGACGAUUCGAGGGGGCUCUCAAAGACGCGUCGUUUCUCUGCAAGAUCGUCGAGCUGAUACUUUGUGCCAUUGCGCUCGGCCUCGUUGUGGAUCCCUUCAACGAUCGGAUGCAACCCGAUCGGAAUCGCGCCGCCAUUAUUUACGUAUCCUUUUGCAGCUACGUAUUGAUAAACGCCGUCGCCGUAAUCUCCCGCCUGUUGGGCGAUCGGUGGCCCAAAAAAGCGUCGAUCAUGUUCUCUGGAUUGGGAGCGAUUCUCUCUUUCACGGCUGGACUGAUAUUAAUCCACGACUGGAACAACUUCCAAGGCAACAUGAUUUCCCGGUAUUUACAGCGAUACCUCGACCAGAUGGUCGCCAGCGGAGUCCUCGGAAUUCUGGCAACGGUAGCUUUCGUUUUCGAUGGCUAUUAUGUAGCGAAGUACAAGUGAAGUACGGGCAAGAUUUACCCAUCCAAAAAAAGAAAGUCAUCGAGUGUAUGUAAUUUGAACAUUUGAACCGCUUUAAAGUCAAUCGGAAAACUCAAACGAUGAUGACCCAUGAAUAAUGAAAUUCGCGAUUUCGAGUCCGACUUCACCGUCCUAUUCGAAUAAGUAGUCUAGGAUUGCGCUUUAUAAAAAGUUUAAAAGAAACCGAAGACCAAGAAAUAAAUAAAGAUUUAGUCAUAAAAGUAUCUUCAAAUAACAGCGAAUCAUUUGUUGAGUGUCAAAGAAUUCUUACUCUCCUUUUCUUAUAAUGUUUUCAAAAUAUUUAAGGAGACGUGUUGUUACCAAGUAAUUUCAGGCAUCUAUGUACGAUUUCUUAUUGAAUCAUCGAGUGAAGUGCCCGAGACAUCGGCCCGUGUCGAUCGAUUGGUCGAGGAACGCCAAAGGAAGAAAGAGAUCGGAAAGUGGAGAAAAGCUUCGGCUAAAGCAACACUCGAGUCCAAUCGAUUUCUCGAAUUUCCGCUUGCUCGUGAUUUACUCUUCCGAGGAAGAUCCGGAAUAUUGGUGGUUUAAGGAGAUUCCAAGGUUAAUUUCUUUUGGAAGGUCGCCCGGUCUGGGAGCCCC